AUGACUAGUCUAUCAUCUCCGAAGCGCUGGUCUUCAGCAGAUGGCUCUGCUACUCCACACAAACGUCACAAGAUCACGGUCGCGUGCGAUGAAUGCCGCGUCCGGAAGGUCCGGUGUGACGGCAUCCAUCCCGUAUGUGGACCAUGUGUGAGGAAAGGAGAUCGAGAGAAGUGCAUUUACACUGGAGACAAGAAGCGAGCUAUGCAAAGCUAUGUCAAAGGCCUUGAGAAUCGGUUAAAGCUUCUCGAAAACCCCGGGAGGGCACAGGUGGGUAGUACUCAAUCAUUGGGCGCAGAGUCUCCGCAGGUAAGCCGUGAUAGAGUGUGCCAGGAUACGACUCCUGACAACCGGCAAACCCCAAGACAGCAUACGGAUGGCGUGAACGCAAUGAUGGGCGAGGUGGAAGAAGAGCGGCUAGCCCAAGGCUUCUUUGGAAGCUCCAGUGCUGCCAGCUUCAUCCGACAAAUCAGAACCGCCAUUGACCAAAGGGUCCCGUCACCAUAUCGUGGAACAUCCGACUCGAUCCUCGGAGCGGCAUCCUCGUCCGGGCUGAAGUCCUCGCGCAUACAGCGUCCGUCUACAAUUUCUAACUACGUCCUUCCGCCUCGGAAAACGGCAGACAGCCUGAUGGAGGUUUACUGGACCUUUGUCUUUCCUCUUUAUCCCCUCAUAGAUAGUCUGAAUCUACGAGCUGAAUAUUCAAGGCUCUGGACUGGAGAGCCUUCUCACUCGGACGAGAAUAUGCUGAUGUGCACUUUCAAUGUGAUCUUUGCAUUGGCCUGCCAGCUAGCUGACUUCAUUCCACCCGAAGAGCGGGAGGCGUCGGCAGAUGCAUUUUUCUCUCGCGCCAAAGAUCUUCUUCAAUUCAAUUUGUGGAAUACAGGCUCCGCAGAGCUCAUUCAGUGCUUGCUGCUCAUGGCCCAGUAUCUCCAAAGCACGGACUCCGCUCAUCAGUGCUGGAUCGUCACUGGGUUGGCCAUUCGAAAUGCACAGAGUCUGGGACUACAUCUUCCGCAGACUAGUGCUCGUCUACGUAAUCCUCAGGAGAAGCAGCUGGCCCGGAAGAUCUGGCACGGAUGCGUGUUGAUGGACAGGGUAAUUUCCAUGACUUUCGGUCGCCCCUCCAUGAUAGCUAAAGCGUCCGGUGGCUCCGUACCGCUACCAGCGACUGUUGACGAAGAGUAUAUACCCUCUGCAGGCACCGCCAUAAUCCAACCGGCUGGUCGACCUUCCGUGAUGGCAUUUUAUGCCAAGUCUUUGGAGCUCUACGAAAUUCUGAAUGAUAUUCUUCUCAGCCUGUACAAUCCUAAUCCGGAUGAAAGCCCGGAAGAUGUUUACGAUUUUUAUUUCAACAAACAGACCACGGAGGGUGGUCAUACGAUGUUCGAAUUGGACCGAGCGCUCACCAAAUGGUCACGAACCUUACCAGAGCACUUGCGAGGUGACGCUUCUCUCGCCUACGGCGACAAAAUGUUCUACCAUCAGAGCGUUGUACUACGAGCACGGUUCCUCCAUGUGCGCAUGCUUCUCUUCCGACCCAUUCUGUCCAAAUACUGUACCUCCCGCGACAUCGGAGUCGCCGACCCCCUCAUUUGUCUUCAAGAUUCAUUCCCCCAGCGUAUAGCACUCCAGUGCUCUAUUAUCUGCGUCAAAGUUGCACAGGAGGUCAUUGGCCUGAUCCACGGUCACAUUCCCGCCGACGGAUCGGCCGGUCCACUUCCUGCGUGGUGGUAUAACAUUCUCUACGUCUACACAGCUGCCACCGUUCUAAUUGCCGGCCGCCUCUGCCCAGCCAUCCUGGAAGAAGUCACUGAGCCCGCCAUAACCGAAAGCUGGGACCAUGCCCUCGAGAUCCUUCGCAGAUAUCACAGCUACAGCACCUCCGCGCGUCGAUGUGUUGCUGCGCUAGAGAUACUGUAUGAGCGCGUUGUGUCGGAGGGCCGUUCAACGGAUCAGGAGCUGCCCGCCCAAGCCGUCCAAACUGGAUCUUCCAUGUCGAAUGGUUUCGGAGAUGUGUCGCUUGGGGAGGGAUUUAAUAGUGGCUUGUUUGAUGGCAUUGAUCUGUUGGACUUUCAGGAUAUGUCGUGGUUGAACAGUGUCCCGAGUAAUCUAUUCUGAGCGGGCUCUGGCGACGGAGAGUGUCGGCUUGGAUGCUACUUUUGGACCUUGCAGAG